AUGGCCCGGUUUCGGCCUGAACCAUCUGACGACGACGUUCGGGACCUGGCGCUCAAGAGGCUCAAGGCCCUUCUGACUGGGGAUCCUUUUGCGAGCGAGCUUGGGAGAUCCCUUCUGGAUAAGAUGGGUGCCCUGGCCUCCGAUGAGGUGGUAGCGCAGUCUUUCUCUGAUGCUUUCAGGGCAAAGGCGGCCUCCACGCUUUGUGGUCACUCAUGCGCACUUGCACGCUUCAGCUUUUGGUGCGCCCGACAGGGCGUGGAGCCUCUUCGUGCAACUGAGGAGGAACUGUACGCAUACCUGUGCGAGAUGCGAUCGUCAAAGAGGGGGGCUACGUCUGGGGAUAAGUUCCUUCGCUCCCUCUCGUUUCUUGAGCAUGUGGCGGGCCUACUGUUCAUGAAAAUGGACGAGGUCCGCCUUCUAGAAGAGCUCAUGUGUGAGGACUUACAAGACACCGAUGCCUGUGUCUUAGGCCAGCUGCUAAUGUGUAUUCACUCUGCCGGCCGGUGGCGAGACAUCCAAGGCCUGCACGAGGUCGAGGUGUCUGUGGGACCCUCCACGUCUCUCCUGAUUGCCAGCGGGCUCAAGAGCAAAACCACGCAGACCCCCGAGGCUCAAAGGCGCUUCCUCCCCUACGUUGCAGUUGCGACUGGCGUGUCUGGGAGAAAUUGGGGCGAGAGAUGGCUCGAGGCGCGCACUCGGGAGGGCCUCACGUGGGGCGGUGACUUCUGCUUACCAUCCUUUUCUCUCCGGCUUGGCCGCUGGAGUUCUGUUCGCAUGGGAUCGGGAGAGGCCUCCGCUUACCUUCGUGAUUUUCUUACGGCCAUAGGUCAUCAUGCUGCCUCAGACACUAAAUCGAUGCUGGUGUACAGCAGGGAGGCGUACUCCCGGCUCUAUGCUAAAGUGGUUGCCAUGUUCCGUACGAUCACCACCGGCAGCUUUGACCCAGAUCUGCCACCAGCUGAGCGAGUAGAGCACAUGGCCAGCACCCUGCUAAGGAAUGAUCCCAGGCCUCCUGUGCAAAGCAUUGAGAGCCCCCCAGAUGGCAAUGCGAGCGCUUCAUCGGGAGAGUCUGAGGCAGGUGAGCUUGAG